AUGCCGGAAGCGAGCGAGUGUCAGAUACGGUUUGAUAACAAUCCGUGUGGAGUGUAUUUCCCUGGUCAAACCCUGUCCGGUUACGUCGAACUGCGCGUGCUGGAGGCGUUCAAAGUUAAAGGUGUCAGUCUGCAAAUUAAAGGAUUCGCCGAGGUAAAAUGGUCCGAAAGUAGUGGUACGGGAAAAUCCCGCCGUACCGUGCACUACCAUGGCAGGCAGGACUAUAUCAACACCGUCACGUACCUGCAGGGGUCACCGGAGGGCAAUCCGUUCGAUAUUGCACCCGGUACGCAUACGUAUCGGUUCGGCUGCCAGCUGCCCCACAAUCUGCCCACCUCGUUCGAGGGCCAGUACGGUCACAUACGGUACACCGUCCGUGUGGUACUGCACCGACCAUGGAAGGUAGAUCCAACGUAUAAGGUUGGCUUUACCGUGCUACGCCACGUGAAUCUUAACGAGAAUGCGCUGUCGCUGUCGCUACCGUGUAAGCUCGAGGUACAGAAGGUGUUUUGUUGCGGACCUUGCGCCUCGGACCCGCUGUACAUUGCGGCCCAGGUACCGAUCGGUGGAUACGUGCCCGGUCAAACGAUCGCGGUGCAUAUAGAGGCCUCGAACCGUAGCAAGAAGCGGGUGAACGAGUUCAGCGCCAAGCUGGUGAAGAACGUGUCCUACAUCAGCCAGACGCCGUACAGUCGCGUGAAGCUGGUGCCGGAAAUUGUGUCGGAAGUGCGUUGCCAGGGUGUUGCCGCCGGUGAGCAAGGUAGUUGGGAUCAGUUUUUGGCGAUACCGGCCCUACCGUCCACCAGCAACCAGUGUCAGGUGCUGACGCUCGGCUACGAGGUAGAGGUCGAGGCAAAAAUUACCGGCCCCAACAUUAAUCCGCGCAUUCGCAUUCCGAUUACGCUCGGUACGGUGCCAUUAGCGGCGCAUGCUAUCCCUACAGUGAGGAAUAACGAUCAGUUACAGGCGUAUCCCGUACCGUCCAUACCGGAACCGGUGGCGAUGGUGGAACCUUCGGCGCCUCCGGUGCCAUACGAUCAGCUCAAACCCACCGUUGCACCAACCGUACCCACGGAUCAACUACCGCCUCCGACGUACGAGGAAGCCGUUGGAUCUACGCCGGCCAACAUACUCGAGGAGGGCGAAGAAAAUACAGGCAGCAACAACUUCACCCCGCAGUACAUGGUUUACCGGUUCAAUGAGUAG